GGAACAGACUGACUCCUCGCAGCAAGCUCGCCAAGCGAGCACCCAAAGAGUCAAACACAACAAAGCACACACGACAAAAAAAAUAACUCUUGCAUCUCCGGAAUAAUACUCCCCAUGCCUGCUAAAUCUAAAGUCCCGCCCACGACCACGACGCAAGCACAUCCUGAUCCACCUGCAGGAAACAGCUCCAUAACGAAGGGUUUCCCAGAACAGAAUAAUGCCACAUCCUACGCCUCAACCGUCAUAGCCACUACAACAACGACGCUCGUGGCCCCCGCACCGACUCUUGUUUUCAACAACAGCGGCUCCUCACAAAAUCUCGCCCCAACACUCGAAGCCCCAUUCCCUAUAGCCCUAGUAGCAGGAGGCGCCGGUGGAGGCCUCGUCUUGCUCCUGUCGAUCCUGGUGCUCGUGCUCUGUAUGAGGAAAGAGAAGCGACGACAGAAGCGGGCACAAGAGCAGUAUCUCUUGCCGAGAGACGAGGAAUACAAUGGUGAAAAUCGCAGCAUCUAUAAUGAGAAGCGUGCGCUGCACGUGCGCACGCCUGGUACUAGCGUGAGCGAUGAGCGCGGGCAUAGCCGUCGUGGAUAUGGUAGCGAGAGGGAGUACGAGAAGGCGCUAUCGGUCGCCGACACGGGGUAUGGGAGUAAUGGGAGUGAAUGGGGAGAUGGUCGAGUUGAUGGUCGAGUCGAUGCGGUUUCUGUUGCGAGAUGGCAAGCGCAACAGGGGCAGAUGCAGCGGGUGCAACAACCAAUGCCUCCGCCGGGGGCUGCUCUGAGGCCGGACGGACGUGGAUAUCCGCGUGAACCUGUAAGACACGGUGGUCCGGGUGUGCGAGGAGGAGCUGGGAUGGAUAUGGCAGAGAGUCCAAUGCGUGAACGGCGAACACGUUCUCCAACAGGGUCUCUUCAGAUGCAUUACCACCACCAACGACAGCUUCAACAGCAGCGACAGCAACAGCAGCAUGAUCUUUCGUCACAGUCAUCGCGGUCGUCUCGGUCGCAGCAGGAUCCGGAGUAUGAGAACCAUAAAUGUGAGAUCUUUUCACACCCGCAACCGCAGCCCAAAUCCCGAAACCAGCCUCCGUCUUCGGCACCAAUGUCAGGCAUUCCUCGGCCUAUAGCAAGCACGGCUACCUCCACGAAAAGUCGCCCGACGACGCCUAAUUCGAAUUCUAAAUCAAUGUUGUCGCCUAGGCAUCCUUACCAGGGACAUUCCAGUCAUGCAGCACUGGUGGCAGCAACACCGGUAGAGUUUAUGCCCAAGGACUUACACGGUGCAUCCUCAUCGUCAUUAUCGUCGUCAUCGGCUUCCGGGUCUGCUAUAGGUCUUACGCCGUCGCAACGCCGGCUGCUACAGCAAAAACAACAGCAAGAAGAGAAAGAACCCACUCCGAAGCCGCAUUUACCAAAGCUACGCAAGAACAGCAUUGCACCUUCGAUAUUCUCCGCGACCUCGACCAAGUCCAAGUACCCCUGGAAUGAUACCGAGUCCGUUGGCGGGUACAUUGACCUCAUCCCCAUCAAUACUCCGCGGAUAUCACAGGCGACGUUGAUGUUCCAGAACUAUGUGUCGAAGGGGAAGCAGAGGAAGGUGGAUGAUGAGGAUUAUGACAUUUAUGACCAACUGAACGACGAAAAUGGGGAACUGGAUUAUUAUGGAUCUGGUGAAGGAGGAGCAGGAGGAGCAUUGACGAGGUCGGGGACGAGGAAUACGGCGGUUUCCGGUGGACGGCCGAGCGGGAGUGCGGCGUCGAGGAAGGGGGGCGUGAGGAAUGAUGAUGAUGAGAUCCAGUACCUGUAGACGAUAAAAUAUCCCUUCGCGAAUAAUGUUCAUAGCACACAAAAUAAACCACGCGAAC